CUUGUCAUUCACGUCCCAGGAAUUCAGGAGCUCCAGAGAACCAGCGGCUCGACUCCACGUUCGAGCCCGAAAUCGCGUCCUUGUCUCCGGGGGAAAGGUUCGAGGAGACGUUGCCUGUUGUCGGAGCCGGAGAAGAGUCGAGGGAAGCGGCCGCUGCGGACCUAACCCUAACCCGGGAGGAUGCAGAUGUGAAGUCAGACGCACGCCACCUCCAUCCGCAGCCCCCCCGCCCACUGAGCGACCUCCUCUUCAUCCCCCUCCAUCGUCUCCAUACAUGCGUUUACAUGAAGAGAGGGGAGAAACCCGAAGGAUACCGACAGAUGAGGCCCAAGACCUUCCCCGCCAGCAACUACAGCGCCAACAGCCAGCAGAUGCUGCAGGACAUCAGGGACAGCCUGCGCCACCUGACCAAACCCCCGGAGCCGCCGAAGGUGGACGUCGGCGGCGGCGCCGGGAAAAUGGUCGCCGAGGACACGAGGCAGCAAGGGCGCUGCAUCAACCCCAAGAACCCGUACCACAAGGCCCUGCAGGAGAUCCGCAAGUCCCUGAUGCCCUUCGCCAAUGAACCCAGCGGCUCCGGGCCCGAGGCCAACAAGCACAUGGCGCCGGACGCCCCCCCGAGCAACGGGUUCGAGGAGCCGAGCAACAGUCGUAACGUGGGCGUGUCUUUAGACUACAUGGGUAAGAUGACCUAUCAGGACGCGAUGAGGGAUCAGAUGGGCGUCACCAACCCCAACACAGCCGGCCUGAAGGCCUCAGGUUCGUCCCACAUGCCGGUGCUGAGGAGGCCGAGCUGGAAAGGCUCUAAGGAGUCUCUGGCUCCUCGACACGGCCCCAUCAUGGUCGACGGAAUAAUGUACCGCUCCGACAGCCCCGGCCCCCCCCCUGCCUUCCCCCAGGGUCACCCGGCCAACAACCAGAGAGCCAACCCCCCCCUGCCACCCCAGGUGCGCAGUGUGACGCCUCCACCGAACCGCGGGGCCAUGCCUCCGUCGACGUCCUGGGACAGCAACCCGUCCACCAAGCGCUACUCUGGUAACAUGGACUACCUGGUGCCCCGUAUCUCUCCGGUACCCCAGGGGGCGUGGCCUGAUGGCUACUCGGCCGCGGCCUCUCAGAACCAGCGUGGGAUCAGUCCGGUGUCGAUGGGCCACCAGCCCAUCAUAAUGCAGAGUUCUGGAGGGAGUAAGUUCACCUUCCCCUCCAGCUGGACCCAGAACGGCUCCCCUCAGCCAGACUACAUGGGGGGGAACAGCCGACAGCCGCCCCCCCCACCAUACCCGGUCAACCAGAGCAGCCGGCACAGCCCCACGGAUCAGACGGGAGGACCCGCCUCCUCCCCCUCCUACUUAAACGGUGGGAACAUCCCUCAGUCCCUGAUGGUUCCCAACCGCAACAGCCACAACCUGGAUCUGUGUAACCUAGGUCCUCCUCAGUCCUGGUCUCAGCCGCCUCUGGUCCCCAAUCAGCCUCAGUCCUCCUCCGGCAACAGCAGCAACCAGGACCUGUCUCCGUCGUGGCAGCACAACCUGCCGGUCCGCUCCAACUCCUUCAACAACCACCAGCUGAACGGCAGGGCGCCGCACCCGGCCGGCUCCCAGCCCUCAGCCACCACGGUCACCGCCAUCACCCAGGCUCCCAUCCUGCAGCCGGUCAAAAGCAUGCGUGUUCACAAACCGGAGUUACACACGGCCGUGGCGCCCACGCACCCUCCGUGGCUGCAGCAGGCUCCGCCCCCUCCAGCUGCGCCUGCCUACCAGGAACCCCCAGCUCCCGCUCCUCAGAUCCCUGUAGCAGCAGAAGCACCCAGCUACCAGGGUCCGCCUCCACCCUACCCCAAGCACCUCCUCCAGCAGGCGCCCGCACCUUUACCCCCGGCGUACGAUCCCGGCGCCAACAAGCUCGGCUCCGGCAGGGAGGAGCCGGCGGAGGAGGAGAGCAGCGGAGGAGACAAGACGGCAGAAAACGGCAAAAGUGCCGCAGCGACGGAGAAGGAGAACAAACAGAUCACGACGUCGCCCGUUCCCGUCCGCCGCAACAAGAAGGACGAGGAGCCGAGGGUCGAGUCGGGCCGGAUCGCCCUCUACUCCCCUCAGGCCUUCAAGUUCUUCAUGGAGCAGCACGUGGAGAACGUCCUGAAGAACCACCAGACGCGGAUCAGACGGAGGAAGCAGCUGGAGAGUGAGAUGAACCGGGUGGGUCUGUCUUCAGAAGCCCAGGAGCAGAUGCGAAUGAUGCUCUGUCAGAAAGAGUCCAACUACAUCCGGCUCAAGCGAGCCAAGAUGGACAAGUCCAUGUUCAAACGCAUCAAGACCCUCGGCAUCGGCGCGUUCGGCGAGGUGUGUUUGGCCAGGAAGGAGGACACGGGCGCUCUGUACGCCAUGAAGACGCUCCGCAAGAAGGACGUGCUGCUGAGGAACCAGGUGGCCCACGUGAAGGCCGAGAGGGACAUCCUGGCCGAGGCCGACAACGAGUGGGUGGUGCGUCUCUACUACUCCUUCCAGGACAAGGACAACCUGUACUUUGUCAUGGAGUACAUCCCCGGAGGAGACAUGAUGAGUCUUCUCAUCCGACUCGGCAUCUUCAAAGAGGAUCUGGCUCAGUUCUACAUCGCGGAGCUCACCUGCGCCGUGGAGAGCGUCCACAAGAUGGGCUUCAUCCACCGGGACAUCAAACCCGACAACAUCCUCAUCGACCGGGACGGACACAUCAAGCUGACGGACUUCGGCCUCUGCACCGGGUUCCGCUGGACGCACGACUCCAAGUAUUACCAGAGCGGCGACCACGUGCGGCAGGACAGCAUGGACUUCAGUAAGGAGUGGGAGGACCCGACCGACUGCCGCUGCACCGACGGCCUGAAGCCUCUGGAGCGGAGGAAGGCCCGGCAGCACCAGCGCUGUCUGGCCCACUCGCUCGUCGGGACGCCCAACUACAUCGCCCCCGAGGUGCUGCUGCGAACAGGAUACACGCAGCUCUGUGAUUGGUGGAGCGUCGGUGUCAUCCUGUAUGAAAUGGUCGUCGGGCAGCCGCCCUACCUAGCAACCACGCCCCUGGAGACGCAGCUGAAGGUGAUCAACUGGAAGAGCACGCUGCACAUUCCCCCACAAGCCAACCUCAGCCCGGAGGCGUCGGACCUCAUCAUCAAACUGUGCCGAGGUCCCGAGGACCGCCUCGGCAGGAACGGCGCCGACGAAAUCAAAGCCCAUUCGUUCUUCCAGGCCGUCGACUUCUCCAGCGACCAGCGCCAGCAGGUGGCGCCGUACAUCCCCACCAUCGCCCACUCCACGGACACGUCCAACUUCGACCCCGUGGACCCGGACAAGCUGUGGAGCAGCGACAGCGACGGCGAGGACAACCUCAACGACACGCUCAACGGCUGGUUCCGCAACGGCAAGCACCCGGAGCACGCCUUCUACGAGUUCACCUUCCGCCGCUUCUUCGACGACAACGGCCACCCGUACAGCUGCCCCAAGCCCAUCGAGUACGAGAGCUACGACGACGAGGCGGAGGCCGAGCGCCCGGCGCAGGAGGCGUCCGGCGGCUCGGCGCCUCAGGGCCGAGACCUGGUCUACGUGUAGCGCCCGGCUGAGCCGCUUGUACAUAGCGAGUUUGCUGAAGGAGUGUGUGUGUGUGUUUCUGAGAGUGUGUGUGUGUUUGUGUUUGUGUGUGGAGGGGGUUUGAACACAUCAGCAUUUAAAACCUUAAACAUAGGAAAGUGUGUUGUUAGGACGAGUCAGAGAUCAAAGCAACAAACUUCAAGUAUUCACACAAGGAACCGUUAAAACACUAAUUUUCUUUUUCACCGAGCGCUCGAUGAGAAGAUUUCUGCUUCUCGUGUUUGUACGAUAACGAUGAAGCUGGUUAGCUCAGCAGAAACACUGGGAACUGUGGGACUGGGAAGACAUUAAAGGUCUCAGCCUGAAGGAUUAUUGACUCUUUGUUUUGUCAAUACUUGUCAUAACCAUUACCGACAUAGACUUUGGGGCUUUGGUCCAAUUUGUCCCACGGUUUCAUAAUCCAUCUAUUGUCUAUUACACUUUCCCUUUCGAGGAAGGUGGAAGCUAAACACUAAAAACAACCAACACUACAAAACCCAAUGAUGUCGUAUGAUAAAGAAAAGCUUCAUAUCCUCAUAUGUCCUUUGAAAUAUUACUAGAUUAUGUCACUACACGUGUCUUCUGGAAACUUUGAGGAAACACCACAACUUAUUUAAACUGUUAAACUCAAACACGUUCAACCAGCAGGUUUAAAGGUUUUCAAAAAAAAGAAAAGGAAAAGUCCGGGUUCUGUUUCUCGGACUCAACCCGAACCCCCUUUAAAGCCUACAUUUAUUUAAGAGAAUUGUAACUGGUGACGUUAGUGUAGCUGCUGUUUGAGUGUGGGACUUAUUCUUCUGUUGGUUAUAAAAAAAAAAAAAAGAAUAGAAAAUCGUCUUAAUUUAUAUUCCACUGUCUGUUGCGAUGGGGGGUGUAGUGAUGUAGAAGUUUGCAGGGAGAAAACCGCUCUAAUUAUUCAUUGCUGUGCCUUUUUCUUUUCUUUCACCAAAUAUAAAGAGGGUUAAUAAUCAGACUUUUAAAAAUGAGAGUAGCAGUAGCGUGAUCGAUCUACACUAGUUGUUUUAUUUUUCUAAUUUAUACAUAAAAAGUGUAUUUAUAAUUUAAGUUGUACACAGUUGAUGUAAAUAUGUUUCUCUUCCCGUCAGCUGCUUUGUGUUGUUUCCUUAGGGCCGGCCCUCGUCAGUGUCACUGCUGCUGCCUCCGUGUUGUCGCCUUCCUGUCUCACAACACACACAAAUCACUGAUUCACAACACACACAAAUCACUGUCUCACAACACACACAAAUCACUGAUUCACAACACACACAAAUCAGCGUAGAUUUAAAACCUUUUUGUAAAAUCUUCCAUUGCUGUUCACUCGUUUAUUCUCAUCUCUCAACCAAAGCACUAAAUAGGUGUUUUUUUUUGUUUUUAGAAAAUAACACUGCAAAAAGAAAGAUGACAUUAUUUUAGUAUCGAGCAGAAAUACCUAUUUUUCACACUUCCUGUCUUUGGGCAACACAACGGCGACUUGUGUCACGUGACAAGUCCUGUGUGCGUCUGAAGUAAACGUGUAAAAAACACAAACUGGUGGCUCUGUAGACCCGCUGUACUUUGUUCUUUGUGUUGAGGAAAUUCUCUCUGAAUGUAGUUGUUGACUUGAUGGUGAUUGUGCACUGCUUCUGUGUUUCCAUUGUUAAGUGAGAGAGUUUUUAUUUCUGUGUACAUUACUGCUGCGGGAGGUUUGGGUUCAGGGACGAGGUGAUAAAUAAAGAAUGUAAAGAACAAAACAUGA